CGGGAAUGUCUACUAAAAAGCAGCAACGAUCUCCCACUGACAUGGUCAACGCCCGGACUAAAAAUAAAGCUCUCAAAGAUCAGCUCGCGAAUCUCAAUCGUAUGGCCAAGUCUGAUUCAAAACAGUUGGCCGAUCUAACCAAGGAAGUUGAAGAACUUCGCAACGCCGUGAAGGGGUUGAUGAAGUUGAGCAAACGUGAGGGAAAGAAGCCUACUAAAAUGGAGUUGGAUAUGCUCAUCCCUGGGCGAGUUCGAGAGGAGGUUAUUGAUGCGGCUUAUGCCCCCACUCGUGAGGAGCAGACGAACAAUGGGAAUCACAGAGUUCACCUUUCUAGUGAGAGGGGCGCCCGUGCUCACCAAACGAUUGGGCGUAGUAAUAAUAAGCCUCAAACUGUCGCUGAGAAGCAGUUGAAGAGUAUGCUGGGUAUGGCCGCGCCGAGGGAGCAAGAAAAAAAGAAGGAAGUCGUCGCUGAUAAUGACCUAGCUCAAUCAAUUCGAGAGAAGCUUCGACGGGCGAGUACCAAGGAGGAAGUCCGAGCUGCUACUAACAUGGCUCGAGCCCUGGGUUUGACUUAUGAGGCGGGCCUUGGUGAUCGAAAGUUGAAAACACUAGCAUGAGUGUUGAUGCGGCCAAUGCUGCUGUUGUCGUUGUUCCGGAUACCUACUGGUGAAUUACUCCUUGAAGCGAUGAUGUAUCGACAGCAUUACUUGGGAGUGUUAGUUUCCUCGGAGUCGAAUUGAUGGGACCUUUUUCUAGUCUC